UUUUUCAUGUUCAUAGGGUGCUUCAGGGGAAGUAAGUUUUUCAGUGGGAUUAAGGAAGAGAAGGGGAAGCCCAGCACAGAGAGAAGGAGGCUGCUGUGUUUGGAACAGAUCCUUAGGUGUCAUGCCAAGAAGAACAGUGAUUAUUGUGAGCAGUGUCAUCUGUGACAGUACCCAAAAGAAGCCCUGGAAAGUCAGCAGGGGUGAAAAUCCUUUGUGGGAGCCCAUAGGCAACAUCCUUCUCUGGUCAGCAGCGUUGCUUCUUCUUCUUCUAAAGAAACUUUGAAAGAACAACAGAAAACUGGGAAAAUCCUUUUUAGGUCCCCUGUGCUCUUUGGAAGGAAUUUUUUUGGGGGACAGCCAGUGGUUUCACAGCUGCAGUGACACUUCAGUGACUGCUCCUGCCCCAGCAGAGAGCUCCAGGUGCUUGAGGACACCUCUGGAAUGGGCUUUCCCAGCAGCACAGGCACAGAGGGUGCCCUGUGUGUGCCUCCCCCUGCCCACCACUCCUGGAGGGAAUUUUGGGAUAACCCUGGCACCCUUCUGCAGGAGUUGAUGCCUCCCUGUGUUUCCAGGGUAUUUCUCUUUGCUUGCACUUCCCAGCUGUGCCUGACCCCGGGGCUUUCAUCUGAGCAGAGCUGAGUGGGAGGAGGGCUCUGCAGAGAGAUGAAGCCGGGACAGCUGAGGCCAAAUUCCUGGAAACAAAAACCCGAGGACUCUUCGUUCUCAGUAAAUGUGUGGCACAGCUUCUGCAGGUCCUGGAAGGCUGCAAUUAUGAAGUCUUGAGUAUCUUCAUGGGGAAUUCAUGACUGACUGCGCAUUCUGUGGUAUUUUGGGAUAAUGAGAAUUAAUAUUCAUCAACAGUCUUAAAUGGGAAUUUGUAACAACAACCAAAAGGAAAAAAAGAGGCUUGUUUGAGAUCUGUAAUGAUAAUGUUCUUUCACAGCUGCUUUGGUGAGGGGGGAAUAAUUUAGCAGCACUAGAGCUGAUGUUGGCUCUCCAGUUUGUGGUGAAACCAUCAAGUGAAUGUUCCCUCCCGAGGCCUCGGGAGCUGCUGGUGAGCUCUCUGGAGAGAGCCUGGAGCCUGCUGUGCUGCAGGGCUGGAAAUUGGUGUCAUUCCCUGCUCUGCCUCCAUCCUGCCUGCAUCCCGUGGAAAAGAGCACCCAGCAAAAAGGAAAUGAGCUGCACAAAGGUGUCCCUGAGCAAGGACAGUGCUGCAGAAGUCACCAUGGAAAGGAACCUGACCUGGCUGGUUUUCCACAAGAGCAGUUCCCUGUCCCUGCGUUCCUGAAGAGGGAAAGUGCUUGAGCAGGGCUCCCAUGGAAGCAGAGCUCUGGGAAUGAUCCCAACCAGGGCCCUGCUCUGCCCUGGGCUGUGCACCCCAGCAGGGAGGGAUCCACACCUGGAGCCACGGGAGCUGCUGAGGAGAGGGCUGGGACAGUGUCCUGAACACUCGUGGCAGCGCCCAGAGCUGGGGUGGGCAGCCCUCCUCAGCAGGAAUGUCAGGAACGCUGAACACCAGAGCCUGGGGACGACCUGCCAGAAGAGAAAAUGAAAUGAUCUGGUUAUCCAAGAAAUUUUCCCCACUGGGUUUUCCUGAAGUGUUCCCAGACACCCACCAGUGACUGCAGCAGGCAAAGGAGCAAAGAGAACCAAAAGGACAAACCAGGGCUCGGGGGCCAGAAGCAGAAGGAAAGGUUCCCCUGCCUUCCCAUUUUUCCACGUUUUUAUGGGCAGCAGCCAUCUGCAGAGGUGGGCAUAGGCAAAUUGCUGACUUCCGCAGGGGACAGCCAUGUGUGACGUGGCUGAGAUCCCAUCCUGAGGAGCUGAAUGUGCUGUAAGUACAUGGGUAUCCCUGGAGUGCUGCCAAUUCCCAUAGCCCGCUGUGCAGCAAGAGGAAUGUCUAGAGAUAUUCCUGGCUGCAGACUCAAAGCUGAACUGCCCACAUCCCUUGGGAGCAUUUUCCACAUGGAAAUGUAGCAUUACAGGGAAUAAAUUGCAUUAUCUGGCACUUCUUUCCUUUCUUUCAGGGAGUAAUUGGCUGUGGGUGGCUUGGUGGACAAUUCCUUUCCAUGGGUUUAGCUUUGGCUUUGAUCGUGUUGGGUCAGCACCUAAAGCUGUAAUUAAAUUAAUACCAUCAAAGGCAACAUCUGAUAUUUCCAAACACACAGAAUCCACAAGCAAAAAAACCGAAAACCAGAAUAUGUCUUUCUUCAACAGCACUUCUAGGGGCCUUUAUUGUCUUUGGUGGGCCAAUUUUUUUAACUUUUACUUUUCUGCUGGUUCAAAUAGCUGGGGUAAGCAGCAGCACGUGAGCUUCCCCAGCAGCUGUGGGUGGUCAUCACCCAGCAGUGUCCCAGGGAGGAGCAGAAAGCAGCCAGAGCCUCUGUGCAGCAGCAAUUCCUGGGCUGCCCGAGGCAGAUCAGCUCUGGAAUGUUUGUCCAGGCUUGCAGGGAUCUGUGCAGGCUGGGGUGCAGCUCUGUGGGAGGGACUCUGCAUCUGCACUGCACACCCCGCACAUCCUUUCCACACCGCCCCCAGCCCCCAGGGCUGCCUGGCCACGAUUAUUGGUGUGGAACACAGUGACAAUCCUUUCCUUCUCACAGAGAAUCAUCUCCUAACUGUGCCUUUACCCCUGGAUGCAAAAGCAGGAGCUGUGAGGCUCAGCCACUUCUUUGCUUUGUCGCCCUCGUGAAUUUUGGAGCUGGUUUGAUGAGAGCGGAGCUUUGAUGUUGCUUGGAACACUUGACUUUCCUGUACCCGUGUAAUAUCAUGAUUGGGCUUUUGUAUUUGAUCAAAAUGAGAAAUCUACAUUAAAGGGCUGCACCAAGUACCUGUUGGCUUGAUUUAAAGGAAAAUAAUGAUCAGAUGUUUUCCCAGGGCUGCAGCACUUAGAAAAUAAGCCCCACUUAAGCCUCAAGUUUAGCUUUUGUUGUAAGAACAACUGUAAUGACCCAUUUUAAACAAUGUUUUAGCAGGCGGAAGUUCAGGCUUUCUGUACUGGAUUUCAACAGAGCUGCAAUCUCGCAGUUAAGGAAUUGUUAGCCCUGCAAUUAGGCACCCUUAAUUGAAUCCCUGCCACUUGCUUAAUUACAGCAGCCCUUCAGACACCCCGUGAGAAGCAGUGAAAUCAGCCCUGCCACACCUCUCCCAGGCUGCCAUUGGCUGCAAACCUGUCGGGCUUGACGAGCUGCAGUCAGAGGGGAUUUCAAAGCAAAUAAGUAGCAGGGCCUUGGAGCAGUCAGGAAUGGAUUCCCACCUGUUUAAACUCCAGGCUGGAGCCGGCCUCUCCCCAGAAACCCAACCUGCUGCACGAGGAAGCUGCCGGGGAAGACGUUCCCUGUCCUGCUGUCCACCCGUGGUGUAAGUGACUGGGGGAGCCCCUGGGCAGCAGCUGCAGCCGUGCUGGGGCAGCUCUGGGAGCAGCUUUGGAGCAGCUCUGGGAGCAGCUCUGGGAGCAGCUCUGGGAGCAGCAUGGCGUGCUGCGUGCUCCAGAUCACCGGGCUGCUCUUCGGCGGCGUGGGCAUGGUGGGCACCUUGGCAGCCACGGCCAUGCCCCAGUGGAGGGUCUCUGCCUACGUGGAUGGCAACAUCGUGGUGUUUGAGACCAUCUGGGAGGGGCUGUGGAUGGACUGCAUCAGCCAGCUGGGCAUCAGGCUGCAGUGCAAGUUCUACGAUUCGGUGCUGGCGCUGCCGCCGCCGCUGGAGGCCUUCCGCGCCCUCAUGUGCGUGGCCGUGGGGCUGUCGGUCGUGUCCUUCCUCACGGCCAUCGCGGGGCUCCAGUACAGCCAGCGCAGCAAGCAGGGCCCGCAGCCCAUCAGCGUCUUGGUGCUGGCGGCCGGCGUGGCCUUCCUGCUGACGGGCGCGCUGGAGCUGAUCCCGGUGUCCUGGACCGGGGCCGCCAUCGUGCGGGACUUCUACGACCCCGCGGUGCCCGCGCCGCUGAAGCGGGAGCUGGGCGCUGCCCUGUACGUGGGCUGGGGCAGCGGCGCCCUGCUGCUGGCGGCAGGAGCCAUCUACUGCCACUGCUGGUGCGGGGCUGGCCCGGCCGCCGGCCCCCGGGGCCCCUGGCUGGCCAGGACAGAGCCGCCCCGGCCGGGAGGGCCAGUCCCGGGCGUCCAUGCCUACGUGUAGGGGCUGCCCGUGGCCAUGGGGCCAGCACUGCCCUGGGAUCGUCUCAACCCGGCCCCGCCAUGGCAGGGACACCUGCCACCAUCCCAGCUGGCUCCAGGCCCCGUCCAGCCUGCCUUUGGACACUUCCAGGGAUCCGGGGGCAGCCUGUGAUCUUCCUGCUUGACUUGUGUUGAUUGACUUGUUAAUUGACUCCAGGAGUGUAACGGAGGAGUGACUUUGUUGCUUUGCUGCUGAGGUGGAUAUCUGCUCUCCAAGAGCCUGGCAGGACUGUUCUUCACAGGUGUUUGGUUAGUCCCCAUUUAUUUGGGAAUGAGGAGCGGCGUGGGGCAGCCAGGAGGCGCUCAGGGAGGAGGAGCAGCCUGUGCUGGGCUGGAGGGAAGGAGCUGCUGUGCAAUACCCCGGUGCCCUCCCCGGAGCCCUGAGGUGCAGAGGGAGAGGGGCAUUUCCCUCUGGAUUGGAGCCUGCCAGGAGGGCUCUGGGAGAAGCGUGCAGUUGGCAGCGUGGCUCAGUGAACAGAGGAGCCUCCAUUAACAUGGAGAUGUUUGUGCUACCCCAGCAGAGGCCUCUGGGAUUGUCCAUGGAUUUCUUUGAUUCUUGUCGAUCUGGUGUAUCCUCAUCUCGUCUGCAGGGCAUGGAAUGUGGCUCAUGGAACAGGUUUUUACUCCCUUCCCCGCAGUUUGCCGUGAGAGUGCUGGUUUCCCUGCUGGUUCCCAGCCCUGGUCUGCUGUGGCUCCUCCUGCUCUGCAGGCAGAGCCGGGACAGGCGGCAGUGCCUGUGCUCAGCGAGCCCCGUGCUCAUGAGCGGUGCCAUUACCAGGGCCGGGAAUGCACAGGCGAUCCCUGCCGGGCUGGGUCCUGCCCACGGCUCCCAGCACUCCCCAAAGCCAAGCCCUGACGGGGCUGCAGCUGAUGUUGGAACGCAGCCGGAGCAGCCCGACGCUGUCUGUCCGUCCUGCAGGACCCAUAGCAUUCGCAGCUGGGCAUUUUCUUACUCCCAGCUGGAAACCCUGGAGCCUGCAGUGUUUGACAGUGCCCACGUCGCUGACAAGUGCCCGAAGAAGGUGCAGUUCAGAAGGGUUUUGCUGGUUCUAACCCAGCAGUGAUGGAUGGCAGCAUUUAAGGGGUAAUUCCAUGGCACAGGGCUCAGCCUGACCCUUUGCUGUGUCUGGUGCUGAGAAAAGGCUGCAAUGACUGUUUGGGCUGAGGAGAGCAAUGUCUCUGUGUAUUAAUUUGACUGUUCAAUUGGAAAGAGAACGUGGAAAGCUGCAUUUAAUUAAAGAAGCCUUUUAUUAACUUGGCUCCAGAUGAACUUGGAUGAGACAGUGCCGUGCUGCGCAGAAAUUCAUUACAUGUAUUAACUCCUGAGCGUUUGCAUCCGAGGCACCCAGCUCAGAUCUUGCAGUGGGAAUUUUCAGGGCACCGCAGAACAGGUUUAAUGUCUCCAGCUCAUCACUUGAGCAGUCAAAUCAGCACUUACUGAUUCGAGAUGGAAACUGAAGAAAAACUGUGGUAAAUUGUUUUUCCUAGCACUAAACCUUGUAUUUAUUUCUGUUGUCUUAUGAAGUCUGUCACGGCAGCUGCCACCGAUAGCUGAUUUCAGUGGAGUCAUUCUGGUGGCUUUGGUAAUAAUUCCCACCACCCUGAGGAACUCCACCUCCUAUUUUAUUGUAAUCUUGUCCUGUAAUGCUUAUUUUGUUUAAUAUGGAAAUAUUUGGUAAGUCAGAAUUGCACAUUUUGGGGUAAUUUAGAUAUGAUAUUUGUGAUUAAAAAAGCAGAGGAUGAAGACAUUUGCAAUGCAAAUUUGAUACAUAUUUAUGUGUAGGUAAUGGAUUCAAAUGAUGAUGUAUUGAGUGUAAUGCAACUUUAUGCAGAUGUAGGUGCUUAAGAAGUAAUUAAGUACAGUUUUCUGUAACAUUAAUUAGAGGAUCCUGAAUGCUUCCACUAUCAGUGGGCUCAUCUAGGAAUCAAAUUGGAACUGGGUGUGCCAUUUGCAUCGGUAACUUCAUUUUGAAAGAGUAGAAAUAUGAAGCUGUUUUAUUUGAGCUUUUAACAUCAAUUUCAAAGAAAACUUGAGCUUUUAAUGUCUGAUGACCUGGUGAGUGUGUACUGCCGCAUUUCUCUCUUUGACCAGCUUUCAGGGAAGGAGCCAUGGCUGUGCCCUGGGAGGGCCCUGGCAGCAGCACUCGGUCCCGCGGUGGAGGAGCAGGUGGGGAUCACUCCUGACUGCACUGGGGCGAGGAAAGGCUGGGCCUAGGCUGGGCCUGUGGCGUCAUCUGCGGGCCAGGGGAGGCUCCAGUGUCCUGUCAGGUUCCUUGUGCUGCACUCUGCCCUCCUGGAGGGGGCACAGGGGGCUGCCCUGGUGCCCUGUGCCCAGAGCCCCCAGGCACUCCCGGCAGAGCCUCCCGCCUCCCCGGGCUGCCUGGAAAGGGCUGAUUAAAUAUCGUGGUUAAAUCUCUGCUGUGAUGUCCUGGUGUUCCCGCAUGCUUUAAUGUUUGGGGAUCGCAGGACAACGUGACUUUGGAAAUAAACGUUUCUGGCUGAGA